AUGGUUCUCUUCAAUCUCGUUCUCAAGUCUGUCAUCUUGGCCCUCGACCUUCGCAAUACCUACGACGCGCUCGACGCGGUCAAGCUCGAUCAAAUCGGACGCAGCGAACGCCAAGUGCUCGUGCGCAAUGCCCAAGAUGGCACCAAGCAGCUGACCACGCGGAAGCGCGUGGGCACCUCCAAGCGCAAGGCCGCAGUCAAGUCGGCACUCACCACUGUGCUAAUCUGGAACCUGUUUCACAAGAUGGAGCCGUUGUGUGAUCGAACAAUCGCCUGGUUCGUACCCUUCUACGACUCGUUCAAGACGCUCUUUCUGAUCUGGAUGCUGUUCACGAGAAGCUAUGGCGCAUCCAUUCUUGUGUAUCGUUUCUUGUCCCCGAUGGUUCGUCCAUACGAGCCCAUCAUUGACGCCAUCUUUGGACUCACACUGACGCUGCUUACUUGGACUGCAGCGCGAUUGACCCUCAUCACCGGUCAAUGCGCUUUAGUCGUUGAUCGUAUUGGAGCUGUGAUCAGACAAGCUCCUCAGUCUGAACAGAAGCAGUCUGCAUCAGAUGGCCAUAGCGAAGCUGCUCAACGAAAGGUAUCUACUUCAUCGAUAGUAGAGCAAGCAAGGAACAAGCCUCCCCCGCCUCCUUCACCAGCCUCGGUAAAGAAUUCGCCGGCUUCUGUAGCAUCAUUCUUGGCAGAGACUGCCACACUGCCGCAGUCACGCGCCGGGACAACAAAAGCGCACCAGGAACCUACGAAGAAGGCAUCUCAGAGCAACCUUGCAGCCACGCGUCGAGUGCUACAGGAGCUGCCCGUGCCAAGACAUGCAUUCGAUCCAAUCGUACCUCAGUCGAGUGUAUCGGCAACAGCCUCGACUUCGAACGCAGGAGUUACGACGUCACAACUCAAUCUAACCAAUGCAAACACCCCCAGUAUCAAAGCAGAGCCGGCAGAGCCAAGUCUUGCUCCUCACUACGAGCCUCUGGGCCCGCCUCCAACACCUCCCACAGGCCUUCACAACUAUGCAUUCAUCCCAGGGCUCACACCGCAGCGGUCUGGACCAGCAUCGUUGGCAUCGCCGACACCACGCUUUCCCGGCGGAUUCUCGUUCUCUUUCGCUGUGCCACGCGUAUGUGUACAGAAUGGUGCCGAUCCUUAUCUGGCUCAAGCACGAGUACCUGCUACAACACAGAUGGCGCCACUAUCCGUCUCCUCUUCCCAAGCACCACUAGCCCGGUCUAGUCUGCUUGGUUUGACAAAUGGUGGCGCGAAUAGCAUCUUGACCCACGAAAGCGUAGCCUCUGCUGAGGACGACCGCAUAGUGCCUCCACCGAGCGAAGUCGCGGGUGUUCGCAAAGUGUCAUCCGCACGGUCGCUCAAGAGCAAGGCGGCUGCUGUCACAACGAUGUCCGACCACAAAGCAGGAGCUCCUUCAAAUGGAAAAAAGCGCACUCGAUCAGAUGAAGUCUCCAAGAGAUCCGUCGAUGAAACAGGUAAACUAUUGCCGAGCUCAAGCUCGCCAAGGAAACGAGCCAAGUCUGCAGCGGGCAAGGUAGCGUCAAGCAAGACUGCAUCAGGUUCCGUGACUGCAAAGAGUCGAGCGGAAGCAAAAUCCACCUCAGCCACUAGGCUGACUGCGACAACGCGAGGAACUGUUGCUUCUCGCAAGAAAGCUGCAGCCAGCGUUACAAACAACACGACUGAGAAGUCGAUUGCGCCUAAGUCUACUGCGGGCGCAACAGUCGCGGAGGGAAAGUUGGAGGAUAGCUCGAUGCAAUCGCCUGAGAAGGUGGAUGCACCGUCGCGCAAGCCAAAGACAGGCUUAGCAACGACGACAACGCAGCGAACGGUCGCCAAGAAGGAUUCUAGUCUGAGCAAGUCACGUGGUCAAUUUGUCAAUGUCGGAGCGGCUGAAAGUGUUGGGCCGCCGCAGCGCCUCACGCGGAGUCGCACCCGGAAGAACCUAGUCGAUUGA